GAGAACCCCUGUCGACACGCUGGCUGCACCAUGUUCGGCUCCAGAUACUUCGGCUUGCGUGGCACGAAGCUCAACGUUGCGAUCGGCAUCAUUGCAGGCUUGGAUUUUUUGCUUUUUGGCUACGACCAGGGGGUGAUGGGAGGGCUGUUGACCCUCCGAUCAUUUCUGAAUGUCUUUCCAGAACUCGACGUGGAAGCAGCACCAAAGGGCCCAGAACAUGACCACGUAUCAGUUAUUCAGGGUAUUUCCGUGGCAUCAUACAAUGUCGGCUGUUUCUGCGGCGCAAUCGCUUGUAUCUGGGUCGGCAACAUGCUUGGAAGAAGAAAGACCAUCUUCGUCGGCUCAGCCAUCAUGAUUGUCGGCGCGGCUCUGCAGACUUCCGCUUUCAGCCUCCCUCACUUUAUUGUCGGGCGUAUUAUCACUGGCAUGGGCAACGGAUUAAACACAUCCACCGUCCCUACCUGGCAGUCAGAAUGUAGUAAAUCGCAUCGCCGUGGAGUUCUUGUGAUGAUCGAGGGCGCUCUCAUCACAGGCGGUGUCUGCCUUUCUUACUGGAUCGAUUUUGGGUUCUCCUACCUGGAACCUAGUACUGUUUCCUGGAGGUUUCCAAUUGCUUUUCAAAUUGUGUUUGCGCUCAUAAUUCUGAUCUUCAUCUUGGAUCUGCCUGAGUCACCGCGUUGGUUGAUCCUCAAGGGCAAGGAAGACGAGGCCUUGGAGGUUCUUUGCGCUCUAAACGAGUGUGAACCUGGCGAUGCUUACAUCAAGAGCGAGUUCACAGCGAUCAAGGAUACCGUCCUCGAAAUGGAACAGGGCAGCUUCCGUGAUCUAUUUACGAUGGGCAAAGACCGGCAUCUACACCGUACUGUUCUUGCCUACGUUAACCAGAUGUUUCAGCAAAUAUCGGGCAUCAACUUGAUUACGUACUACGCCGCCAAUAUCUAUGAGAACUAUGUUGGCCUCAGCCCCUUCAUUUCACGCAUUCUGGCUGCCUGCAAUGGCACCGAGUACUUCCUCGUUUCCUGGGUCCCUGUCUUCCUCAUCGAGAAAGUCGGCCGCCGCAGUCUGAUGCUCUUUGGCGCCGUGGGCAUGAGCUUGUCUAUGGUUGUUCUGGCCAUCAGUAACUCCAUCAAUGAGGGUAAGACGGCAGACGAACGCAACACCGCGGCAGGUAUCGUGUCCGCCACCUUCUUGUUUGUGUUCAACAGCUUCUUCGCAGUCGGCUGGCUUGGUAUGACUUGGCUUUAUCCCGCAGAAGUUGUGCCACUGCGCAUUCGUGCACCCGCCAACGCACUGUCAACGAGCGCAAACUGGGCGUUUAACUUCAUGGUUGUCAUGAUCACCCCCGUCGCCUUCUCCUCUAUUGGAUACCAGACCUACAUUAUCUUCGCCGUCAUCAACGCCUUUAUUGUCCCCGUGACGUAUUUCUUCUACCCGGAGACGGCCUACCGCUCGCUCGAGGAGAUGGACACCAUUUUCCACAAGACGACGUCCGUCUUCAACGUCGUAAGCGUCGCACGCAACGAGCCUCGCCGCUACGGAAAGAACGGCGAGCUCCUCAUCAACUACGAGGAGACAGAGGAGCACCACAUGCAUGAUGAGAGCAGGCGCAACUCGAGCGCUGACCCACGCAUGAUGUCGAACAUCGGUGAGAAGAGACAUACAAAGAACGUGGAGAACAUCAGUGCAGACCCUGAGAAGGGCAUCUCGAAGUAGAUUAAAUGCUUGGAGAAAAAUUGUUAAUACUUUGGUGAAAGAGAAAGUGUUGGCUGAGUGGGAUUAGACGCGGGAUUGUCUGUCGCUAUUACAGUGUGCUUUCCUUGUUGAAAGAUCUGGAGUUUAUGAUGUUUUGGAAGACCGUCAGCAUCACGAGAUCAUGGUUGAUUAUGAUUUAAGUGGUCGUAGGUCUGAGUUCAGUGGCCUCCGCCUUGAGUGGUGGUUAACGCUUGAACACUGAGACUUUGUUCACGCACAUCUCCGAUAUGCGGCUAGAAAUGUCGGUGUAUGGUUUCGAAACAAAGAUACCAAUUUAAUGAAAGACUAGG